UUGCAUGCACAGGUCAAGCAAAAUCAAGAGAAGAAAUCUGCCAUGGACUCCCUAAAUUCAACACACUCUGUGCCUUCUACUGUACAUCCUCCAUUCUUUUUCAUCAAUGGCUUCUAUAAUAUACCUCAUGUCAAAUACUACUAUAUUUUCCUGCUCUUUGUGUUUGUGGUCACUGUGUUAGGGAACUCCUUUGUCAUGUUUAUUAUAUGCACACAGCGCAGUUUUCACACCCCAAAGUAUCUUGCUAUUUUUAAUUUAGCUGUAGCUGACUUGUGUGGAAGUACUGCUCUCAUUCCUAACUUAAUUAAAACAUUUCUUUUUAACUCUCAGUACAUCUCCUUUGAUGCUUGCUUAGCCAACAUGUUUUUUGUGUUUUUCUUCAGCUUUAUGGAAUCUCUCACUCUUACUGUUCUGGCCUACGACAGAUUUGUUGCAAUAUGCUUACCACUCAGAUACCACACCAUUAUCACCAACAAAAAAAUGGCUGCGAUUCUAACAGUUGUCUGGGUAUUCAAUGCAUUGUUUAUUAUUUCAACAAUAGCUAUGAUAACCAGGCUGUCCUUCUGUAAAUCCAUUGUGGUAGAUAGCUUCUUCUGCGAUCAUGGGCCCAUAUUUAGACUGGCUUGCAAUGAUAAUUCUCCAAACGAUGUUAUGGCAUAUGUGGUUAUUGUGCUAUUUCUUUACAUUCCAUUUAUUGUGAUUAUGUUAUCUUAUGUGUCUAUCACACGUGCGCUGUUUAAAAUUGCAACAUGGGAAGGACGAUUUAAAGCUUUGAAGACCUGUUCAUCCCACCUAAUACUGGUGGCUAUAUAUUAUCUCCCAAUACUAGGCACCUACAUUGCUGCAGACACAUUUACCCUUCAUCCUAAUGCCAGAAUAAUAAACACAUCGCUUUCUUUUGCUAUACCACCAAUGAUGAAUCCAAUUAUUUAUGUGCUGAAUACAGAGGAGAUCAAGGAAUGCACAAAACAAAUUUUCAGGAGGAAAAAGGUCACCGUAAAUGAAAGAAACAUUAAAAUUAAGUGA